AAUUGGUCGCAUAAAAUUUCGAACCUGAUUCUCCAUGUCCAUGGCCGCCAAAAGCUCUGGAGAAGACGUUCUCCAGAGACUGCAGGCUUUGGCAGAACAUUUCCGCACAAGUAAUUCUUCUCAGUCUCCGACGUUGCCGCCGCCAGAUCCGGCAGCAGCCCGACUAACCAACCGUGCUGCUGUUCUCAUCUGUCUCUUCCUAAGCGACAUUGGCGAACUCCGCGUGAUUCUCACCAAGCGAGCCUCUACGCUUUCUUCCCACUCCGGGGAAGUCGCGCUCCCCGGCGGAAAAAGGGAUCUGAGUGAUGCCGAUGAUGUUGCGACGGCAUUGAGAGAGGCAGAGGAGGAAAUUGGCUUAGCCCCUUCUCUUGUUAACGUCGUCGCUGUUCUCGAACCAUUUGUUAAUAAGAAGGGUAUGACUGUAGUUCCUGUACUUGGGCUGUUAUCUAGGAAGGAAGCAUUCAAACCCACUCCAAGUGCUGCUGAAGUAGAUGCAAUAUUUGAUGCUCCCUUGGAAAUGUUCCUCAAGGAUGAGAAGAGAAGAGCAGUGGAGAAGGAAUGGAUGGGAUAUAAUUAUCUGUUACACUUUUUUGAGUAUGAAUAUGAGAAUGAAAAUUAUGUGAUCUGGGCUCUCACUGCUGGUAUCUUGAUCAAGGCAGCUUCCUUGGUGUUCCAGCGCCCACCUGCCUUUCUGGAGCGGCCACCCAGAUUCUGGACUGCUUCUGCUAAUGGCAGCCAAACUUGAGAUUCUCAGAAGUGAAGUUAUGUUCACACUCUGAGCUGUUGGGGAUUGAAUUGGGGCACCCACACACCGAUGACUUUUGGAUGUAGUUUGAAGAAAAUCAUAUUUCCUUAGUAUCAACUAGACACAAAUUAGAAUUAGAAGUACAUUUGUAGUUUCUCUCAUAUAUAUCCAUAGAUGAUAAAUAGUCACCCACUGGUCUUUCCUA